AUGUUUACGUUCGAGCACGGGGAAACAGAAAAGUUUUCACAUCAAAAACUUGUACUUCCGUCAUCAUCAAAUGAACCACAGGGACAAGAUUCUUUAUCACAACGACGAACAAGAACUCGAUCACAAUACUCUUCAUCCUCGUCAAUAUCAUCAAUCACAAAUAUUCAAUUAGAAAAUGAUUAUAUUUCAAAAAAUUCAACGUUUGGUCUGUGGCGUGUUAACCGUUUUUCUCGUAGACAAUCGAGUACAACGACUACAACAACUACCACAUCGACAGAUAAUGAUGACUGUUUGCCAACUUUAAAGACGACAACAACGAGUUUAUUUGUAUCCAACGAGGAUAUUGGUGCAGAAGAUAAAGAUGAACUGUUAAAUGAUGCAAAUCAGUGUCGCUUAUCAAGUCGUUUGGUAAAACGACAAAAUAAACUGAUUAAUGAACAACUACUACAACAACAACAGAAACAAAAAAAAUACCAGAAUUGA